UGUGCAAAGCGAGAGGUAAACAAUAACAUUAACAAUCAGCGUUCGCAAGGGUUGCUGUUCAACAUGGCGGAUAGCACGAUGAAUGUAAACUGUUUACUGGAAGCUAGUGACAGAGCCUUAGAAUAUUUGCUAAAUCGUUUAGAUGAUGGUGCAGAAUUUGUGAGUGAUGAUGCCAAACAAGAGCUGUGUGUAGUUUAUAAAUUACCCAUGCUGCUAUUGGUUAAAGGGCGAGAAAAGUUGGCCAACCAGGUUCUGGAUAACAUUAAAGAGAAGUUUAUGCAGUCUGAUGGGGAUUUCAUCUCUUAUAAAAUGAAAAAUGGUAUAGAUCGAAAAACAGCAAGUGGACCUUUAGCGCAUUUCUGGGUAUAUAUGAACGGUUGGAUCGCAAUGGCUGCUCAUCGUGCCGGAAGGUUUGAUAUUUCUUUCCCGGCUUACAAUUACAUGAAAUCGUUCUAUAAUCCAGAUAUGAGAAGUAUUACUUGUUCGGAAUUGUAUAAUGAUGUCACCAAAGGUAAAGGUCAAGAAGUUGGAAUAUUCAUGACGUCACAUGUUGGUUUAACGGCUCUUUAUUUUGGAGAACUUGAUUUUGCUACAGGACUUGGUGACUCUGUUGAAAGAUUUGUGGCAAAUCAACCCAAUCUACAGGAAGAAUUUUUCAUACGAAUGUCAACAGAUACAAAGAAUGUUGUUCGAGAAGCAAGUACCCCAGAGUUAGGCCCCUUUUACAGUGUCAAAGUAUCCCAACCAAAUCAGCUUUAUUUUCUUCUCGGCUAUCCUGUGAUAUUCCUGUGUAAAUUAUUUCAAGCUACACAGAAGCAACACUAUUUGACAUCAGCUGAAAAGAUUCUUGAUUUUGUACUCUCUUGUGAUAAAUCCAUGUAUAAUUUUCACUUCAGUCACAAGGUCGCAUAUGGCGCUGCCAUGGUUGCUAGAGAAACCAAAAAUCUUCAGUACAAAGAAUUGGGUGAAAAAAUAUCCCAAUAUCUCCUUGGAAUCCAAAGCAAAGAUGGCGACUUUCUGAAUUCUCAAUCGGUUCAUGAUAAUUAUGAUCAAACAGCAGAAAUCGCAAUAUGGCUUAAUGAAAUUUAUGUGGAAUUGAGCCGAUUUAGAAAAUGAUAUACAUGUAUUGUCAUCGUCAGUACAUGCCGUUUUCAGAAGUAACAUUUAAAAAUGCGAAUAACAUAUUCAGACAUUCCCAUGCACUGGACGUCCUUUAAAAAUAAUAAGCUUGAAAAUAUAAGGGUAGACCACACUGACGCAUAAACACCACUGUGCCGUUAAAAGCUAUAGGAAUUACUUGCAAUCUACAAUAUUGUCAAAGAACAAUCUCUAAUAGGAAUAUCAGUCCAAUAAUGGUUCAUUUCCGUUCAGUACAUGUAUAUGCAAAGAUAUGUGGAAUUGAAAUUUUAUCUAUCUAUGCUGCUCGCUUUGCAAUAAACCCGCAGGCCGCAGCCAUUUUGUUGUCCUUAAAAAUUUAAUGAUAGUCCUGUUUUAGUUUUAAAUCGGGGGGUCACGGUGACUAAGUGGGUUAAAGACUUUGGCUCGCUAGCCUGGAGGUAGGGUGUUCGAUCCCUGCAUUGGCCCAGGAAGUUCAUCCAGAUUUUCCGGCGUGGUUCCUACCUUGUCAUUGAUGCAGGACGGAGGGCCUGACAAGGACAUAUGUCUAGUUGUUCGGAUGGGACUAUAAACCGGGGUCCCGUGUACACAUUGGUGUGCACGUAAAAGAUCCCUUGACAGUUGGAAUUCGAUAUAAGUGUAGGCCGUAGUGCCGCUGUCCGGGCAUAAUUUCCCUCAUAGAACACUGUAUGGCGUAUGCCCGUAUUCAUUAGCCCAGUUCAGUAGGACGUUAAACCCCCCAUUUCAUUUAAUUUGUUUUAAAUCAGCUUGGAUAUUAUCUAGUUUUCGAAGGCUACUUUAAAGAUGCAUUAUGUAAGAUUUAGAUAAAGAGCUGGCCAUUCUUGUUAUAAAUAGCUUAAAAAUAGAGAAAAUGUAAAAUUCAUUCAAAUUGCUUCAUUCUGAGCCAAGUUAUUGCCGUUUGUAGUUUUGACAAGAUGUGUGCAUAGUGGUAACCAGGUCACUAAUAAAUUCGAGACUUAUUAUUUGAUACUGUGCCACCAUAGAUCAUAUGGACACAGAUCACCAAAUAUUCCUACGCCGUCACCCACGAAACAAGGGCCAAAGCUAUUUUUAGUCUUCCUCUCCCUUUUCCUUUUUCCCCCUUUUGCAUGGCGAUUUUUGUUGACUUGUUGGUGUAGAAUUGAGGAAAAGGGUUUGAAAAAACAUUUUCUGCCAGGUUUUGGUGAAUAUUCAUAAUUUUGAUGCGGAAGGAUACAAGAGUUGAGAGGUUGGUUACGUUGAAAUGUAGGGCCUGAAAUUGCAUGUUUACUUGUCUCUACUUCCAGCUUGUGUAUCUCAAGUUUUUCAUGAAGAACCUCAUACGUGCUUUUGGGCAAGUGGUUGCCACAUGUUGCUCCAUCUGUGGUAGAAAGCGUUCUACCCAACGAAAAUUUGGGAAAAAGUUAUAGCCAGUCUAAGAUACGAGAAUUAACAUUGGAGUCAAUGGGGAAAUCUUUAGUGACCUGUGUCCUGUCUGUGUGUGAUAAGGCUGUCACUGAUAUGCCUUAGUUUUGAAAAUAUGAAGAUUAAAUUCUCAGAAAAUAUGAAUAAAAUAGUUUGGCUACAGAAAAACUAAAAAAAGUUAAUUAAAAAAAAAAAAAUCAAAGUUUUGAAGAAAAAUUGUGAUUUUACUGCAAAUUUCUCAAUUUUCAAUUUUUAUUGAAUUUUUAACAGUAAGUAAAAUAUUCUAAUGCCCAAUGUUGGCUUAUUCAGUCUCAGAAAGCACAGAUAAAGUGAACAGUAUUAAAAUUUCACCAAAUUUUGUCUAAAAAUCAGGAAUAUUCACAAAAAAUCUUGAGAUUCCCCCCAUUUGGAUGUAGAAAUUAAUAUUUUCAUGACUACUAAAAUGAGUCAAAAUGUCUAAAAAUGCCCAUAUUUUCUUUGCUAAUAUAACUUAGAUGGGAUCUACAUGUUUGUCAGGUUUAGAAAUAGCUCCAGCUUUCCUACAGAAAAUUUAAAAUUGGUAACACUGAGUUAAUAAUGUACAGCAGAUGGGUUUGUACAAAAUGUUCAAAACAGGGGUUGGCUCAAUUUUGCCACUAUUUUACCCAGAAUAAGCAUUUUUUUCUCCUUUGAAACAUUAAAUUCUUGCAUUUCCUUCAUGUAGGAAGCAAUAUCCCAGCCUUUCUAGACAUUUUUUACUCCAUCAUUCUGUUUAGAGAGGCAAUAAAUGCCCCACCCCAGCCUUUUCUAUUAAUGUGUUUUGAGGGAUUUAAAUGCACCUGUGUUGACAUGUAAAUGAUCUUAAUUGGAAUUUGUGGUUGAAUUACAGCUAAGAAUGUUAUUUUUCACCCAAAAAUAUUUUUUUGGUGCAUUUCAAGGAUUUCUAACCCUUAUUUGUUCAGAGUCAAACGUAGAACCCUGAGGCAUUUCAGGCCAAUGAGACCAGACCCAGAUAUAAAACUGGUGUAGAUGUGUAAAUGUCAGUUUAAUGUUCAAUAUUUUCUUAUCAAAAUCCAGCAUUUGUGGUGUUUGCUGCAUUUAUGUUGCCUAUAAAACAAUAAAAUGUUAAUUUUUCUCCUUUUCAGGCCUCUUUUUAUGUUGUCAAGUCUGUCAUGACUACUUUUUUGACUUCAUUUUUUCAGGAAAUUAAUGUAAAGUUCCAGACAUCUUGCUUCAGCACAAGGAUUGCAAUACAAAUUUGUAACAUGCCUCUGAGGUUUGAGAUGUUGGAAACAUUGAAAUAUUCCCAAAUUUGUGAAAAUUGUGUAUUCUGUGACCCUUCUGUUAGAGAGGGGUGAUCAUAGACCAAAUAUGGCAUUUUUUUCAUUCAUCAAGGCCUAUUUUUAACCAUAAUUCAUAUUUAUUGCACCUAUUUUAGUUUAUAUGUGCAUAUGUUAGCCAGGGAUGGUAAAACAUAACUGUUAGACAGAUUCCUUUGGUAAUGUAAGUUCUGCAACCAUAGAUUAGAUUAAUUCAAUCAGUGGCAUGUUCAGGGGGUAGGCAUACAUGUUUCAGUAUAGAUCUCUAAUAUUACAAUCAUUGCAACUGGUUUGCAUUUUUUCUGUUUGCAUAUUGUCCACAGAUUCUAAAAAUAUAUUUCUUGUCCGUCCGGAUAUUUAAAAAAGUGGAAAAUUAUUGGUAUUUUGAGAGAUUCUACAUGUAAAUUUUGUACAUUUUUCAUCACAUGGCAGUAAAAAAUUAUAUUUUUGAAAAAAAUUCCAAAUUAUGAGUGUUUUCUAUGUAGUUUCUUUGUAACUUGUCUAAUUUUUUCACAGAACACAGAUACUGCCUUUAAUAAGAAAGAUUUUUAAAUUUUAGCACAAAAGGCCUAUGGACCUGAGAUGCACCAUUGCAGUGUACAUAAAGCAGCAUGUGUACUUAAAGGGCCAUCAUUUUUACAGUUAUUCUUUGAUUUUGAUUUUCUUUCACUGGCAUGUUGCCAGAACACAUGGGAAGGAAAUAAAGGCCUUUUAGUGAUACCUGAAGUUUCACCCCUAUAUAGGACACAGAUCACCAAAUAUUCCUACGCCGUCACCCACGAAACAAGGGCCAAAGUUAUUUUUAGUCUUCCUCUCCCUUUUCCCCCUUUUGCAUGGCGAUUUUUGUUGACUUUUUGGUGUAGAAUUGAGGAAAAGGGUUUGAAAAUACAUUUUCUGCCAGGUUUUGGUGAAUAUUCAUAAUUUUGAUGCGGAAGGAUACAAGAGUUGAGAGGUUGGUUACGUUGAAAUGUAGGGCCUGAAAUUGCAUGUUUACUUGUCUCUACUUCCAGCUUGUGUAUCUCAAGUUUUUCAUGAAGAACCUCAUACGUGCUUUUGGGCAAGUGGUUGCCACAUGUUGCCCCAUCUGUGGUAGAAAGCGUUCUACCCAACGAAAAUUUGGGAAAAAGUUAGAGCCAGUCUAAGAUACGAGAAUUAACAUUGGAGUCAAUGGGGAAAUCUUUAGUGAUCUGUGUCCAUAUAUACAGUUCUAUGGAGUCACUCGGAAGAAAAUAGUACAUUGCCUAUUUAAUGACUUCCGGUGUGACCCCCCCCCACCCUUGUAAUUGUGCCUGGCAAGGACAGCUGUAUAGUCUUUCGGAUGGGACGAAAAGCCGAGGUCACGUGUACAUAUUACCAUGCACGUAAAAGAUCCCUUGGAAGUUGGAAUUCGAUAUAAGAAUAGGCCAUAGCGCCGCUGUCCGAGGAAAAAUAUCCCGCAUAGCGCACUAUGGCGUAUUAGCAAUGUCGAAGCAGAACAGUAGGACGUUAAACCCCAUUUCAUUUCUUUUUUUUUAAAGACAAACACCUAUCAAACUAGUAAAGUUAUAACCUAUUACUGUGCAAAUAAAAUAUCCUUUUCCAUAAUUUGAAAUCUCACAAUAUUGUGGUAUUUUAGUCUUCCUGUCUUCUGGAGAUCAACGAGUUUAACCGCAUUGGUAGGUUAUGUUCGGCCGUCAUACUUUAAUACUUUCUCCGAAUAUGACCGAGCAAAUCAGGGGUUGAUCGGGGGCCCCUACUCAGCUACAUAAAAUUUUUUGUAUAUCAACACUUUUUAUGAGAAGUUUCUCGGCCGUGUGCUUUAUCCUUUAUCGUCAGAUAUGGGGCAGGCAGGAUGGGCACUCAAAGCACGAGAUAAUGAUAUAGACAUUAUGUGAUAUCACAAUUAAUGCUUUGCAUCCAUGAAAUUGAAUCACAAUGUCAUUGUAUUAUUUCAUAAUAAAAAUUGACGUCAAACGAGGUGUUGAAUUUCUCUCUUAAAAAGCUCAACGUGUAUGUAUAUACGCCAAAAUGACGAUCGAGACCAUGCGUGAGGGGGGGGGGGAUACAUUGUCUCAGGAACCUGGCAAAUCCCCUCCUGCAAAAAUUCCUGGAUCCGCCCCUGCAAAUGAUUCAUAUGCUCACAUCGAAAUAAGCAUCACCCAACAAAAAUAUUGUUGAAAUCCAUCUGUGUUGGUUAGAAGGUCCAAAAUUGACCCAUCGCGGUGCUCAUGUCCACCACCCGCAGGGUAUACAUGCAUUUGUUUAAAUAAUUCUGAAUAAACAUUAAUUAUCCCAGUGAGAUAAGUCUAGAAAGAGAGUCUCUGUUUAGUUUUCCCGUAACAAAUCACAAGUCUUACUAGAAUGUUUUUAAAGAGGUAUUUUAUUUAUACUUGAUAAAGGGUACACGAUACAGAUUUUGGUGUAACUUUUUUUUGCCUUUCAACUUUUAAUCCAAAUUGUCAGUUAUGCUGCGAGCGGGCUACCCAACCCUACUCCACUUUCA